AUGAUGCUGAUUCAAGUCCUAGGAGGGCCUCUUAAAGAAGAUCUCAAGCAGUACAAGCUGCUUUGGAGCCUUUCUCUGGACAUGGAUCAGGCCCUGCUCACAAUUUACAAUCAGCUGCAGAGCAGAAUCAGAGUUUCCUACGUCAAUGACCACUGCUACAGGUGUCUCUACCAGCCACUGGUCUCACUUAAUGGUUGUCCCAGCAACUCCUCAGUGGUCAUCAGCACCCGUUUCUCCUUGUCUUUCACUGUGGAGGCUGAGAACGCCAGCAGUGUCUGCAGCUGGAGCAAGACAUAUGGAGAAGCAGGUCGUUACUUAGUAUGGGUCCAACAGUCAGAUGUUUCCACCAUCACCUGCAUGCUGACAGUUGACAAAAAUCCGAUCAACAGUUACUUACCUAUACUGGUUGCAGCACUUAUCCUGGCCUUGUUGGCUCUUGUCGCUGUCUCUGUGCCCUACCUGCUAAGAUUUGGCAGUCAUGAUAGCAUGUCGGAAGAUGGUGGCUGUGGUGAACAAGCUGUGCAGACAAAGUCCAAAUCUUCACGCUUGAAAUCCCUGGACACCUUCAGAGGGUUUUCUCUGACUCUAAUGGUAUUUGUAAACUACGAAGGAGGGGGAUACUGGUUCUUCCUACACAUUCCAUGGAAUGGUCUUACAGUAGCUGAUUGUGUUAUGCCGUGGUUUGUGUUCAUAAUGGGGACGUCCAUUGUGUUGGCGUUCAACGUCAUGUGGAGAAGAGGCGUCAGCCGCCUACAGCUCUUGCGGAAGGUCACCUGGAGAAGUGUGGUUCUCUUUCUUAUUGGGGUCUGCUUCAUGAACUACAGUGCAAGGGAUGGAUUGCUGUCCUGGUCGUGGGCCAGGAUCCCUGGUGUCCUGCAACGUCUUGGCUUCACUUACUUUGUUUUGUCACUAAUACACAUGUGGUGUCUGAGGAAAGAGAUUCCUCUGAAGCAACACAACUGGUGGAAUCCUCUCCAAGACAUUGUAUUGUAUUGGCCCGAGUGGAUUGUGAUCCUACUACUGGAAAUACUGUGGCUUUGCCUUACAUUCCUGCUUCCUGUUCCCGGUUGCCCCCGUGGCUAUUUGGGCGCCGGUGGUAUCGGUGACAACGGCAUGUAUCCAAAUUGUAGUGGUGGAGCUGCAGGUUACAUUGACAGAUGGUUGUUUGGUCAGCACAUUUACAAGUACCCCACAUUCAAGGAAAUGUAUCAAACCACACAAAGUUUUGAUCCAGAGGGUGUUCUCGGGACUAUUAAUUGCAUUGUAAUAGGAUUCGCUGGAAUGCAGGCUGGGAAGAUCAUUCUUUAUUUCCGUAGUAGGAACUUCAGCAUCCUGAAAAGAUUCCUAAUAUGGGCCAUCCUGUUGGGAAUCUUAGCAGCCAUCCUUACUAAGUGCACGAGAGACAAAGGAUUUAUACCUGUCAAUAAAAACCUUUGGUCUUUGUCUUUUAUUAGUUGCACGGGCUGUUUCGCUUUCCUUCUGCUUGGAUGCCUGUACUUCGUCAUUGAUGUCAAGGGUUGGUGGGGGGGACAGCCGUUCAUAUACCCAGGAAUGAACUCCAUCCUGGUGUAUGUGGGCCACACCAUCCUGGGGUACUACUUUCCGUUCAGUUGGGAGAUGGCCAGACCCAAUCAUGCAGAGCUCCUCUUUAAAACCUUGCUGGGCACAGUCUUAUGGAUUCUCAUUUCUUACCUGCUGUACAGGAAGAGGUUCUUUCUCAAAAUCUGA